GGCCGCCCCUCCUCCCGCCCCACCCCGCGCACUCCCGGCCCGGGAUUAGCGACCCGGGAGCCCGCGCCCCGCGGCCCCGCAGCCACACUUUCCUGGGAGCGGCGGCCGCGGCGGCACCAUGAAGAAGUCGUACUCAGGAGUCACGCGGACCUCCAGCAACCGUCUCCGGAAGCUUGGCGACCCCACGGGCCCAGCCUUGAAAAGAUCUUUUGAGGUCGAGGAGGCCGAGACACCCAACUCCACCCCGUCCCGGAGGCUCCCGACCCCCCUGCUCCGGGCCACGGUGGCCAGCUCCACCCAGAAGUUCCAGGACCUGGGUGCGAAGAAUGCCGAGCCCGCAGCCCGCCAUGUAGACUCCCUCAGCCAGCGAUCCCCCAAAGCCGCCCUGCGGAGGGUCGAGCUCUCGGGGCCCAAGGCCGAGCCCGUGUCCCGGCGCACGGAGAUCUCCAUCGACAUCUCGUCCAAGCAGGUGGAGAACGCCAGCACCACCGGGCCGUCCCGCUUCGGGCUCAAGCGAGCCGAGGCGCUGGGCCACAAGACGCUGGAGCCCGCCCCUCGGAGGACGGAGAUCACCAUAGUCAAGCCCCAGGAGUCAGCGCACCGGAGGAUGGAGACCCCCGCCUCCAAGGCCCCCGAGGUGCCCGCCGCCCCCACCUCGGACGCAGCCCCCAAGAGGGUCGAGAUCCAGGUGCCCAAGCCAGCCGAGGUGCCCGCCUCCCCCGUCCCACCCCAGACCCUGGAGAAUUCGGAACACGCCCCGGUGUCUCAGCUGCAGAGCAGGCUGGAGCCCAAGCCCCAGCCCCCGGCGGCCGAGGCUCCACCCAAGAGCCAGGAGGCCCCCGAGGCAGCUCCUGGCUGCAUUGGCGACAUGGCCGACACCCCCAGAGAUGCCGGGCUGAAGCAGGUGCCCGCGCCCCGGAAUGAAAAGGCCCCCGCGGACUUCGGCUAUGUGGGCAUCGACUCCAUCCUGGAGCAGAUGCGCAGGAAGGCCAUGAAGCAAGGCUUCGAGUUCAACAUCAUGGUGGUCGGGCAGAGCGGCUUGGGAAAGUCCACCUUAAUCAACACCCUCUUCAAAUCCAAGAUCAGCCGGAAGUCCGUGCAGCCGACCUCGGAGGAACGCAUCCCCAAGACCAUCGAGAUCAAGUCCAUCACGCACGAUAUCGAGGAGAAGGGCGUCCGCAUGAAGCUCACGGUCAUCGACACGCCGGGGUUCGGGGACCACAUCAACAAUGAGAACUGCUGGCAGCCCAUCAUGAAGUUCAUCAACGACCAGUACGAGAGAUACUUGCAGGAGGAGGUCAGCAUCGACCGCAAGAAGCGCAUCCCGGACACGCGUGUCCACUGCUGCCUGUACUUCAUCCCGGCCACCGGCCACUCCCUCAGGCCCCUGGACAUCGAGUUCAUGAAGCGCCUCAGCAAAGUAGUGAACAUCGUCCCCGUCAUCGCCAAGGCGACACGCUGACCCUGGAGGAGAGGGUCUACUUCAAACAGGCGGAUCACCGCGGACCUGCUGUCCAACGGCAUCGACGUGUACCCCCAGAAGGAGUUCGACGAAGAUUCGGAGGACCGGCUGGUGAACGAGAAGUUCCGGGAGAUGAUCCCGUUCGCUGUGGUGGGCAGCGACCACGAGUACCAAGUGAACGGAAGGAGGAUCCUCGGAAGGAAAACCAAGUGGGGCACCAUCGAAGUUGAGAACACCACCCACUGUGAGUUCGCCUACCUGCGGGACCUCCUUAUCAGGUGAGAGGGGGCUGUGGGGUGCUGGCCUUGGCCCCCUGAAGACCCCAGAAGGCCCUAAAUCAGGAGCGUGGACUGUGGGGGAGCAGGCGGCUGUCCUGGACAGCAGCUAGCACGUCCCCCCGCCCCCCCCAGGAGGACCUCGGAAGCCCGUGGUCUAAAACGCCUCCGGGGAAAUGAAGCAGGAAGUGAAAACCCUUCUU